AUGACUGUGCAGGCUUUGACGACACGUAUUUUUUCCGGUAUAUGCAAAGACACUGCGAAUGGACUGCAAUACCUUCACCACAGAAAUGUUGCACACAGGGAUUUAAAGCUGGCAAAUGUUUUAGUCAGCAACCAACAUUAUUGCCAGCUGACAAAGGAAGAAAUCGGAAAAGUGUGGAUCGAGUGCCCCAUGGUUUGUAAAUUGGCAGACUUCGGUGAAAGUCGGUCGAGUGAGAUGCAGACAAAGUCAAUUCUAAAUUCUCAUACUCUCCGCGUAAAUCGUGGCACCCCUGUAGAUCAGGCCUCGGAGAUUCUGGUGGGCAAGACACGUUUGUCAGUCGCCACUAUUGAAGAUAUGAAGAAGGCUGAUAUAUGGGCACUGGGAAUGAGUCUAUCUGUUUUACGGAAUCCUUCUGCGAAGUACCCAUAUCACAGGGAAAUUGAGCGCGCCAUGGCUAAGGGGAAAACGUGUCUUCAACUUCUAGAGGCCAUUUUGGCCGACAAAAAGCUUCCUAUCGUGCCCCUCAAGUACCAGCACAAACAUGCAACUGAUUGGUAUAACAUACAACGAAUUUACAAGGACUGUAUUCAGUUUAGUCCAUAA